AUGGCGUCGUUUAAACAACUAAAAUUGUUUGCUGAUAAAGAACUUGAUCAUUGUUUACAAACUGUUGUUCGUCCAUUCACUGAGCAUGUCUAUUUUCCUGAAACACUCGUUGAUCCACUUGGAAUUGAGAAGCAUCAUCAUGAACUUCAAUUACAGAAUUUAUCUAUUUCUGAUACGUUAGCAUGUGCUACUUGUCAAAUUCAAUUUAUUGAUCGAACAGAACAGACAAUUCAUUUUAAAUCUGAUUGGCAUCGAUUUAAUCUAAAACGAAAACUUCGUAAUCAACUUCCAUUUUCAUCAGAAAAAUUUGAAGAUAUGGAAAAAGAUAUAUCGAGUAUAUCAGGAAGCGAUUCAUCCGAUGAUGAAUUAAGCGAAAGUGAAAGUUCACUAAAUCCAUCUGCAGACGGCUCUUAUAAUACAUGUGCGAGAAAUAAUCCAAAAAUUAUUUUAACACUUGCCGAUGGUCGACAUUUAUCAUUGUAUCGAUGUAUUUUACAUGGAAAAAAGAAUUUUCCUCAAGAGUCUCAAGAAUUGAUAAUCACUGCUCAAAGACUUCCCUUAUGCACAUAUUGGUGCGUUGUCAUGGCUGCUGGUGGUCAUUUUGCAAUAGCACUAUUUGAACGCGAUAAAAUAAUUCAACAUAAAACUUUUCAUAAGUAUAUAGUACGUGCUAAACAAGGUUCAGCACAAUCGGCGCAUGAUCAAAAAACAGGCGGUAAAGCUCGAUCAGCAGGCGCAAAUCUACGUCGCCAAAAUAUGCUUCAUUUAAAACAAAAAAUUCACGAACUUUUUACAACAUGGAAAAAUGAAAUUCAAAGAUGUUUGUUAAUAUUUGUUCGAGCACCAAGUUUCAAUCAACAAUUAUUAUUUGGUGAUAAAAACGCACCAUUAUCAGCCAGUGAUCCAAGAAUUCGAUCGAUUCCAUUCGCUACACUUCGACCAACUUUUAGUGAAAUAAAACGUGUUUAUGAUCAAUUAACUACAAUGGAACUUUACCCUGAAGAUUAUCAGUUUCAGCAGGUCGAGCAAGAAAAAGUAUCGACCUCACAAACAAAAUUAUCAACAACAAAGAAAGCAGUCGUUGAAUCAUCAUCAUCAGAUUCCGAAGAUUCCGAAGAUGAUUUAAAAGAAGAUGAUGAAAUCAAAAAGAAAUCAACUAAAAAAACAGUAAAAAAACAACCAAAUUUAGUUCCCACAACUAAUGAUCGAAAAAUACUACCUGUUGAAGACUUGUCAGAUUUCAAUGAAUUAUUUACUGCUUGUCGUCUAAAUGAUAUUCAACGAUUCGAUGAUCUUAUCUCUCGGCUACAUGCCAUAAAAUCAAUCGAUAAAUCUCCAUCCGUAGCCGAUAUACUUAACUAUCAAACAGCAGGCAGUCUCGAUACACUCUUACAUAUAGCAAGUGAACGUGGACACUUGAAAAUUAUUCAGCGUUUAUUGAAAGAAGGCGCUAAUCCAUCAUUAUCGAAUCAGCGAGCAAAAUAUCCAUAUAAUUUAUGUAAAAAUAAAGAAACAAAAGAUGUUUUUCGUUUAUUUCGACAUGAUCAUCCCGAUAAAUAUGAUUAUGCACUUGGACAAAUUGCGGCAAGUAUCAGUAUGGAUGAAUUAGAACGACAACGCGGUGUCGAACGUGAACGUCGUCGACAAACAAAAAAACGUCGUACUGAUAAACAGCGCAGUGACCAAGAAAGGCAAAUACGUGAACAAGAGGAGGAACAACAGCGUAUUGCUUUUCUCGCUUUAUCCGAGGCAGAAAAACGUACAUUAGCGGUACAUGUUAAUUUCGAAACAAAUAAACGUGAUGAGCUACAUUUAGGACGGUGUUGGCAAUGUGCGAAAAAGAUUUCCGAUGAGCCAUUUACAUAUUUUGAUUAUAAAUUUUGUUCAACAUCAUGUUUAAAAGCACACAGGACUAAAUCAAAAAUGGCUACUGCAUGA